GAAGCCUUAGUAUAUAGACCAGGUCUUAUAAACACAAUUCACAAUUCAAACAGUAUUUCUCGGACGUACUUGACUGUGUAACACUUACAAUUAGUAUAUUUGCGUGGAUCGCAAUUCACGUGGUGAUUAACAUUUCUUUACGCUAUUAUUUCGCAUUUGAGAAUAUGUGAUGUGUACGGGUCAUAAAGAAAUCGAUCUAGGAAAAAGGCGAAAAGAUAAUCUGAGAAUUUUUGUAAUACAGCAUAUUUCUUAAAAUUGCUAAUUGUCAAAUAUGAGUCGUAACAUGAAUAAAAAUGUGCAAAGAAGAUCCGCAUUAUCAUUUGUUGGUGGGGAUGAUACUAUCGACGAAUAUCUUGAUCAUAUUGAACAAUCCAAGUCUUGGAAAGACACCGAGGAAAUAGAAGGCAGUGACGCCGCUCGUAUUCAAAGUAUGUUGAACGACUUUAAUGAAGUAAUUACGCAAGAAAAUAAAUUAAAAGCAGAUCAGAAAGGUGCGAAAAAGAGUCGGAAAAAAUCGACGGAAAAAUUCACGACCGAGAAUUCGAUGACAACAAAUUCUGAAGGGUCUUCUUCAAAUAUGCAUGGCAAUACCUCCGUGCCUAAAUCCAAAGUUGAGACAAGAGAGAAAGCGACUUCAAUAAGGCAAGCUUCUAAAGUGAUAGAAAAAAUAUCUCCGCGAGAAAAUCUCAAGCAUAGUACUGAUAAUACGAAAAAAGCAGUUCGAAAAACUUUAGACUCUAGUGUCAAAGAGAUUGCCUUUCACGAAUCAAUCAAAAAAACAAAUACGAAAGAGGCAACGAGGAUGAUCGACAAAAAAAUCGCAACCGAUAAUUAUAUGAUAACAAAUUUUGAAGCGUCUUCUUCUUCUUCAAAUAUAUAUAGCGAAUCUCUCGCGUCCAAAUCUAAAGUUGAAGCAAGAGAGAAAGCGACUUCAACAAAACAAGCUUCCAAGGCGACAGAAAAAAUAUCUCCGCGAGAAAGUCUUCAACGUAGUACUAAUGAUACGAAAAAAGUAGUUCGAAAAAUGUUGGGAUCCAGUGUUCAAGAGAUUCCUGUUAACGAGUCACUCAGAAAAAAUAUAAUUAUGAAGGAGAUGUCGACGAAUACGAUUGAUACAAAAAUGUCAACAAGCACGCCUCAAAAAUCUCCUAAAACAACAGAAACGGUAAAAGAUGAAAAUUCGCCCGAGAAAAAAAAGAUACGGAAGAUGAAAGAUUCUGAAAAUAAACCGAAGGAAGAUGUCAAACGCAAAGAAAAAAAACAAAGUACAAAAACAUUGAAGAAGAACGCGAAAGACAUCGAGCAUUGUCAAGGUAAAGAUAAUAAAACUAUGUCUAAUAAAAAGAAAACAAUUAUGAAUAUGGAAGAAAACAAAUUGGAAUGUAAUAAAGAGAAUGAUAAUGCGUCGGAAAAGAAAGCAAAGAAGCAAAAAUUGCAAUGCAAACAUAUUUCUAGUAAAUCAAAGAAGCUAGAAAACUCUAAGAACAAAUUGCAACAAAGUGCUACAUCAAAUAAGUCUUCCAAACCAUUACAAACUAACGUGGAAAAUCAAUGUCAUUGUAAAAUUCAAUCUAAAAGUCAAUGUAAAAAAGAGUGUGCGGAAAAUUACGAACCAAACCAACAAUUGAUUGAACAACUGAAAACUGCAAGACAAGAAGAAAAAAAAGAACGUGUAAAAAAUAGAAUAGCAGCAAAAGCUAUGGGCAAGCUUAGUCAUAAAAUAUCAGAUGUCAAGAAAAAAAUAGAAUGCAUCAAAUAUGGUUUAGAAAGCAGUGAGUCGGAUUCUAGCAGCGAUUACUCUGUUUUAUCGUAUUCGUCAUAUAGUACAGAUUCUUCCUACUCCGGAUCCUCAAUCGACUGUGACCAUAGAAAAUGCUAUUGUGACAUGAGCCAUGAUUCUACUAAAUAUUUUGAUUCGUCUGAUUCGUUUGAGUCUGAUUUUGAUUCUGAUUCUAGUGAAAUUUGAUAGUAAAAAUGACGCCGUGGAGACAAAAACAAAAACAGAAAGUGAGAAUAAAAAAAUUGCAUUGAAACAAAAAA